UAAGAACAGUAUGACGUCACAGCUGAAACUGUCAAAAGUUCAAAACAAUAUUUCGUAACCUCGAAGGCUCAAAGUUGUAAAUGAAUCUUGUUUAAUUGUUUUGAAUAGUCAAGAAAUCAUGUUUAAACGCCCGAAACCUGGUGAAGAUGAAGACGAUAUCCUCCGUAUGCAAGAGGAGUUUCUUAACGAAAAACGUAAGCAAACUAUUCAGCCUGCUGCUGCAGUAACUAACUUACGUCCAGAAAGAAAUAAAAGACCAAUUAAUAGCGAAGGUGGGCGAAAACCCUCAAAAUAUGCUCAAACUAAGGGUCUGAAAGGGCAGGCGGAGAAAAGGACGCGGCUAGAGGACCCAAGUACUAGUUCUGUAAUGGGAGACAUCUUGGAGAAAAACACUGACACACCAGAAGUAUUAGAUGCAGAAGAUGACAAUGUAUAUUAUCCUAAAGUCCUCCCGUCCUUAUUAGGUGAAAUUGUAGAGAGAAAUGUGACUGAUUUUGUUGAUUAUGACACAAAAGUUAUGCCCUCACAAGGGUUCCCUGUAGUCAGUAAGAGAGGAAGUAUAUUUUCUAAGAAAACUCAAAUUAAGAAAAAUGAACAUACUACAAUGGACAUAGAUGAACCGUCAAGUAGUAUGGAUAAAGUAUCUAAUAUUAAUCUCCCACCAAAAAGUUUCAUUGUAGAAUCAAAUGAUGCUGAAAAUAUUCAUGGAGAAAAUGUUAAAAAGCUUAAAGAAAUGUCAGAGAAAGAUAUAUUAGAAGAACAGAAAAAACUGCUUUCCAGUUUAGAUCCCAAACUGGUUGAGUUUUUAAAAACAAAACGGCAACAAGGUUCCUCUGCUAAAAUAACAAAAGUAGAAGAAGGUGCUACUGAAGCAAUUGACAAUAAAAUGGAAAUUAUAGAAACACCUGGUGUAUCAACAAAUGAUGAUUUAUGGGAUAAUGAUGUCUUAUCCCACCCCAAAGUAAACAACUGGCUACAUUUCGAUACAUUAGAAAAAGACAAGUUAGAAUGGAUGAAAGGCAUUGAAGAGAGCAAGAAAAUCAAAAUGGAUGAACCUUAUGAAGCUAGGUUUGACUUCACUGGAUAUUUACUCCCAUACUCUAUAGAUUAUAAUGAGAAAACAAAGCCAUUAUUUCACCAUGGAGAUGAACCACACAGACCAGGAUACUCCAUCACAGAGCUGAUAGAACUAAGUAGGUCAACCAUCACACAACAGAGAGUAAUGGCCCUCAACACUAUAGCAGGCAUUCUAGAGUACCACAGUGCAGGCACAUACAAGAACAUAAUUGAAAUACCAAUAAGCAAACUCUUUUUUAUAAUAAGGAUAGCGAUGGAUGACAAUAAAGUUAUUGUUUUAGAACCAGCAUUGAAGGCAAUGCGCAAUCUGCUGUAUAACAGGAUUGAUGAAGCAAGUCUGGAUGCCUUGAUUGGGUUUGAAGAGGGUACUUUACAACCUUGUCUAGAAAAUGACAAAUCUGAAAUAGAAGAACUACAGUCCCGAGAAUCCGAAUUCACAGAUUACCACUUAGCUGAAAUUGAUAUCAUGACAGCUUUACAAAGGACAGAGAUUUUACAGAGACUGUAUUACAUAUUGGAAACAAUCAGGCCUAGCUUUAACUCUGUUCAAUAUUCCUUGCAAAUCUUGUCAAGGUUAGCAAGAGAUUCUGUAGAUGUAGCCCUUAGGAUAGCAGAAAUGGAUCACUUAAUGUACACAAUUAUGAAACACUUCAUUCCAGUCACCAGUACUAACUUUGUGUUUGACCCAAGCAUUGUGUAUAAUGGAAAACCUAUUUUAGCGGCAUUGAAGCUUCUCAGAAUCCUAUCACUACAAUCUAUAGAGGUAACUAGAAUUUUACUCACUAAAUAUGAGAUUUUGAAACCUAUAUCGGAGUACAUAAGCUCUGGGGUCGACAGAACAUAUGGUUUGAAGAUACAAACAGAGGCUUUUUGUACUCUAUCAAAUAUACUCUGCUUUGGACUAGGCACUGAAGUGGCAAUCGCUUUAUCUCCUGUGAUAGUGACUGCACUACACAAGCAUGUAAAAGGCACAGAUAUAUUUGUUGAAUCGUCCAUUUUAUCAGCUACGCAUGCAGCAGUGGUAUUACAACUCGUAAAUCGCCUCCUACGAUGUAUUUUGAAUGGCAUGGAUAGUUACAAGUCGCAAAUUUAUCCCUUGCUCAAGGAGGGUGUACAAAAAUGGAUGACACAGUUAUCAGUUGCUGACAGUUAUACCUGCGGACAUUUACGUCUUCUCUGUUCAGCUAUAGAUUGCUGUAAGACUGUCACGUUAAUAGAAAAUCUGCCUAUGAAGUUCCUAAACGACUCUUUACGGAAUCUGUCGCAAUCUCACGGAUUCGAUGUGAUUAUAAAAAAUCUUAUACCCAGUUCCAAUUUACUAUCCGGUUUGGAAAACAAGGAUCUGAACUUGACUAAGAAUCUGAUGAGUCUUGGCGGGUCCGUCAUCGAUUCGAGGCAGAAAGUACUACCAGUACUGACGGUCGGGUCGCCAAUACCCUUCCUUGCUUCUUUGUUCAAUCUGCUAACUUACGUGAAUGAUAAAGAAACUUCUGAAACAUUUUUGAGGCAUCUCUCUACGUAUUUGAGUAAACUAAGCAAUAAAGUGCCAAGUCUCUGUGAUAACUGGUUUACGAGGAUGGAAAUAACUUUCGUCUUCAGCGUUAUAAAAUUGUCGACACAAUACGAUAUUUCGGAAGGUAGCAAAGAUUUGUUAUACACUGUAGCAAACAAACUGUGUUACAUAUUGAGAAACGACAAGAAAUAUGAACUGGAUUUCCUUUUCAGUUAUGUCGUGUUUAACAAGCAUUGGUUCACGGCCGAGAGAUUAUUAAACCUCGUCAAUUUAACAGACGCUGAUGGUUUUUCAAAAGCGUUAACCUCAAUUGAGGACAUCAAACUAUGCUACAGUAAAGUGGUAAACAUGAAUUACAGAGACACAGGGCCGAAUAUUCGGUUCAGGAGUUGGCUGGAACCGAUUUUGCCUCGAGACUGGAUUUACUUCCCUAUUUUGACUUUGUAUAGCAAGAGUCAAGAGGCCGAUAACACUCCCAAAGUUGUAGGCGAGCACGCUAAGAGGGUAGCAGAGAGAGUGGCCGCUGACAAGGAAUUCAUAAUUAGAUGCAGCUUAGAAUGGAUCUUAUUCAACGAACUAUGCUUUCCGGAUCUCCUGAACGACAUUGACGUCACCGACAGAUUCUGCCGCAUCAUGUGUGUAUUCCUCUGUGACAACUCACUAUUCUUGGACGCGAAAAUCAAAAUAUUGUUACGAAAAUGCACUGAGGUCUUGUUCAAAAAGAAAUCGAAGCUGGACUUUGAUAAACCACUAAUUGGACUGAUUAAUUUUCAAGACUUUUACACACAGCUUCUAGAACAAUUCCAGUCAGUCAGUUAUGGCGACCCUACGUUUGCGUCGUGUAUAUUGGUACCAUUAGCUCAGAAACACAAUGUGAAAUGGCGAAAACUUUUAUGGUCGGAAUAUGCAGGGUGCCUGAGGGCGCUGGAUUGUCCUGAAGAAGUACUGUGCUACGAUAUCAAGGAUUAUUUGUACCCAGAAGAAACCGACGAGUCUUUGAUCCAAUCAUAUUUUCUCGCUCUGUCGACAAACUUACUGAGACCUGGAACGAUAGCCCAUAGAAUAGCAUCCCAUCACGCAGCGAGUUAUAGCAAACGAAAUGUACCCCAAGAAUAAUUUAAUAAAUGACGUUGUUAAA